CUGAAUUCGGUAUAGAUUAAAAAACGACAAAGCUUUUUGCAUUUGGCUGUAUUGGGUUGGUUUUCUUGUUGGGGUUAUGUACUCAUCACUCAAAAUUGUAUUUCUAAAAAUGGUAUCCCUUUUCUGACUGGCUCUCUUUAUCGCUCUCCAACCUUUUAUUUAUUUGAUUCUGGGGAGUAUUAUUGGUUUUUUCCAGAUUGCUUGAGAUGCGGCUCAGAAUUUUCAAAGAGAAAAACCAUUGAAUUAGCACUCUACUCCACCUACUGAAAUUGUUGUCCGUUCCAUUAGUUUUGAAUAUCGGAUAAUUGCAAAAGUUAUUGAUUUAUAGAGCUUUAUGCUGAUCGACUUCUUAGUUUUUCUUUCAAAAGGACUAAAACAUAUAAGAAUUUCGGGAUUUGUGCAACUUUCUAGACCUGCCAUUUCCAUGUUGACUAUUGGGUUGCAAAUCUUUGGUAUUUGAACUUGUUGUCCGACUACUAUUUGCACCUCAGCUGUUUGGUUACUAUAACUUCAGACCCUUUUCAGCUCCAUAACUUACAGUUUCAUGUGCGAUAUUUUCAGGACCGGACCAUCUAGUGGUUACAGUAUCAGUUUUCUACGAAAUGGGUUGCUAUCAACUGGAGUUUUACUAGAUAAAGUUUUGAUAUUUAUGAUAUAAAGACUAAGGAAGAGCAAAAGAAAUGGCACUGGCUUCCACUCCAAAAGUAGUUCUAGGUUCAAUUGCCUUUGCAAUAUUCUGGAUAUUGGCAGUUUUUCCUGCUGUCCCUUUUUUACCUGUUGGGAGAACAGCAGGGUCCCUCUUGGGAGCUAUGCUUAUGGUUAUUUUCCAAGUCCUAACCCCAGAUCAAGCGUAUGCUGCAAUUGAUCUCCCAAUUCUUGGUCUUCUCUUUGGAACAAUGGUUGUCAGUGUUUAUCUCGAGAGAGCAGAUAUGUUCAAAUACUUAGGUAAGUUGCUCUCAUGGAAAAGCAAGGGACCCAAGGACUUGCUUUGUCGAAUUUGCCUGAUUUCUGCAAUUUCAAGUGCUCUUUUCACUAAUGACACGUCUUGUGUGGUUUUGACUGAAUUCGUACUGAAAAUUGCUAGGCAACAUAAUCUUCCUCCUCAUCCAUUCCUACUUGCCCUUGCCUCAAGUGCAAAUAUUGGGUCUUCUGCUACACCAAUUGGCAACCCCCAAAACUUGGUUAUAGCUGUUCAGAGUAAGCUUUCUUUUGGAAAAUUUCUCUUUGGAGUUCUCCCUGCAAUGCUUGUAGGGAUUGUUGUGAAUAUUACAGCUCUUAUGUUUAUGUACUGGAGGUUGUUAUCUUCAACUCAAAAGGAUGAAGAAGAUGCCACAUCAGAAGUUGUUGCAGAUGAUGAUGUUAGUUUUCAUCGGUUUUCGCCAGCUACUAUGUCACAUUCGGCAUCUUUAAAUUCUCAAGAAGGGAACUUUAGGUUGGAGUCCGUCAACAUGCAAAGCUCCCCUAAUAUGAACGGCCAAAUAAACUAUGCUGAGACACUAAGAAACCGAAUAAAUCCUGCUGAGAAUGAAAUCCACAGUGUCUCUUGCAGUACAUACGAGUCUGCAAGGAGUUCAAAUGCAUCAAAAGAGGUAACAGCUGAUGGAUCUUCUCAGAGAAGGGAGGACACUGCUCUUCCAAAGAGGAUAGCUUCAAUGGAUUGGUUGAAGGCAGCAUCGAUGGAUAGGUUGAGGGUACCAUCAAUGGAUAGGUUGAAAGAUGCAUCUGCUGAGCAAUUGCCAGGAGGAAAGGGAGAUUUUUCCACAAAAUGGAAAAGGAUGUUGUGGAAAUCAUGUGUUUACCUUAUUACCAUUGCUAUGCUGGUUGCUUUGCUUAUGGGUCUGAACAUGUCAUGGUCUGCAAUUACUGCUGCACUUGCUCUGGUUGUUCUUGAUUUCAAGGAUGCUCGGCCAUGCCUUGAAAAGGUGUCCUAUUCACUUUUAAUUUUCUUUUGUGGAAUGUUUAUCACGGUUGAUGGCUUUAACAAAACUGGAAUUCCAAGCGCAUUGUGGGACUUCAUGGAGCCUCAUGCAAAGAUAGAUAAUGCUGCAGGAAUAUCAGUUCUUGCUGGAGUUAUACUUGUUCUGUCAAAUUUGGCCUCAAAUGUGCCAACUGUUCUGCUGCUCGGCGGACGGAUAGCAGCUUCAGCAGCAGCAAUUUCUGCUGCCGAUGAGAAAAAGGCAUGGCUAGUUUUAGCUUGGGUGAGUACAGUAGCCGGGAACCUUUCGCUAUUGGGUUCAGCUGCCAACUUGAUAGUAUGCGAGCAGGCUCGGCGUGCUCCACAACUUGGGUACAACCUGACUUUUUGGAAGCAUCUUAAAUUUGGGGUUCCCUCUACUGUUAUAGUUACUGCUGUGGGUUUGAUACUUAUAAGAUGAUAUAUACCAACGUGCUCCAGUAAACAAUAUUCCAUACAAAUCUUUUUUUGCUACAAAAGAUUGCGUGUUAAUGAAAGCAAUAUCUCAUUCUAUGUUGUGUUCA